GAGUUAGCGCGGUUUUUGGGGUCCAUCGGGGGUCGGUUUCGAUGCGCGGUUUUUAGUAUCCCUGCGCGUGCGCGGGUGACACUCUCAAAAUCACGCGGUGGCGGCUUUCAUCCUCCAAGCUUCACCCCCACCCCCACAACCAUAAAUUAGAACUACGGCGUCCUUUGCACUAGGCAUAGCUCGACUCGACUUUUCUCUUUGUUGGAUUAGGUGCGAGAUUCUUCUCCUUCUCCUUUCUUUUCAGUGUCAUAUAGCUGUUUUACAUUCUUGAAUUGGUUUUUAUGUUCUGCUCCUAUCUCUUUAAUAUUGGUUCAUGCUCAUGGAUGAGAUACCCUGUUUUUCCUUCUACUGUUCGUUUACUGAUUCUCCUUUACCCAAUGAAAUGACGUAAAUGGGAAAUUCUGGUUUGAUAUGUCAGGAAUUUUCUGAAUUUGUUUCAAUUCUUUUGUAUUCAAAGGGUAAUCUCUGUAGGUAGAGUAAUCUUGUGGUUUGUGGGUUUGAGUAGAGUACUUUUUCCACGCAAUUUAAGAUCCAAUGCUACUUGAUUGCAGCAAAUUGAUUUCUUUCCACUGCUGUUUUCAUUGAAGAGCUGAAAUCAUGGUGGUGGGAACAGGGAGUAAGGCGUUUCUGGUAGUUUCAUUUCUUCCCCUAUCAUGGCUUGAAUCCUGUUUUUCAUGCAAACAACACAUUUCCUGUUUCUCAUGGUCAUGUUUGGUUGAGCAAGAUUCAAGCUACACCUUUUUUUUCAAUAGCCUUUCUUUUUUUUUUACUAAGAUUUUCACUCAACUAUUUUUUAUGUGUGCCUAACCAAUUUAAACAAUUUAGAAACUGAAAAAAAGGGUGACUCUGAAAUGGCCAAGAUUGGUCGCCAGGCUAAGAGCAGAACUGAAUCGUGCAGGAGAGUGUCUGGAGAAACAGAAAGCAAAGGUGAGACGGAAAGAAAUCAAAUGUGCUAAAAGGAGAAAGAGGAAUGAAUUCUUCUGGAAGGAAGAUGCAUGCAUCCGACAUGGUAUUGAUCUUACCCUUGGUAUCCUAGAUGCAGAAGAUGAGGGUGACUUUGUCAGAGCUGAUCAUCUUAGGCAGUCUAGGAGUGAGUUGGUGGCCAAGCACAUGGAAGAAACACAAGAUUUCUUGAAUGGUGCACUCAACUGAAACUUGGACCAAACAGUCAGCCCUGCAUAUGUUGUUUCCCUGCCAAGUUUGUGUGUUAUGUAAUGUAAUGGCAAUGUUUGACUUCUAUGUUCUAAUCUCUGUUUCAAGUCAGUUUAUGUGGAUCAUUGUUGUCUAUGUUUGCUACUUGCUUUGCAAAUAAAGAUGGCUGUUUGCU